AUAAUUAAGUUUAUAUUUAGUGUUUUAGUAGUUUUGUAGUUGAAUUUUAGUUGGAGUCAAAGCAUACAUCAAAAUGGCGUCGAGUUCAGGCUCCACGACGAGUACCAGUGAAGAAAUCGUGUUGCAAUUGUUAAAAAACGAGAAUGAAAGUGUUGAAAUUCAUGAAAGUCCGAAAUUCAAUCGUAGUUACGAACGUUGGUCCCCGACGGAAGAGGGCGCUACCUUGGUCUUUCGUGAUUUAAACAUCCACGUGCGUGAUGGUAAACAAUACAAAACAAUUAUCUCUGGUGUUACUGGCGCUGUGAAACCAGGAUCGCUUGUUGCGUUGAUGGGAUCAAGUGGGGCGGGGAAAUCUACAUUAAUGGCCGCUCUUGGGUAUCAAUCGCAAAACAAACGCGAUGUGUCAAUCGAAGGGGACAUUUUAUUAAAUGGCCGACCGAUUGGGCCCUAUAUGAAGACAAUCAGUGCGUUUAUGCAUCAGGAGGAUUUGUUUGUUGGGUCACAGACAGUUUGGGAGCAUAUGCAAUUCAAUGCGAGGCUUAAAUUGGAUAGAAGGAUGUCAAAAGACGAGAGGGAUGAUAAAUGUAUGACACUUUUAAGGAGGUUAGGGUUAAGUCAUGCCCUACAUACUAAAAUAGGAGGGUAUGGUGAGGAGAAAUCGUUGUCAGGGGGUGAGAAGAAGAGAUUGGCGUUUGCAACUGAAUUAUUGACAGAUCCACAAAUUUUGUUCUGUGAUGAACCUACGACAGGUUUAGAUAGUUAUUCAGCCAGUAAACUAGUAACAAUGAUGAAUGAAAUGGCCGCAAAGGGUAAAACAGUUCUCUGUACAAUUCAUCAGCCUUCAUCACAGAUUUUCGCUAUGUUUAGUCAAAUAAUUCUAUUAUCUGAAGGCAGAAUUGCCUACAUUGGUUCUACGGUGUAUGCAACUGAGUUUUUAUCAAGUAUGGGUUAUACUUGUCCGAAAAACUAUAACCCCGCUGAUUAUCUCGUGAAAACUUUGGGUAUAACACCGGGAGCGGAAGAAAACUGUAGGCAGACAUCGCGCGCCAUCUGUAAUCGCUUCGCAGUGAGUGAUUAUGCAAAGGAAGUGGAGGUUCUUGUCCAGUACGAGUGCCAUAUUGGAUCAACGUAUUUUGAAGAGGUAUAUUUAUCAUUUAUCAUGCAAUGUGCAAGAUUUAAUAAAGUUUUUUUGGUGGACGAAAUUUUUUGGUUAACCAAACGUUAUUUCAACGAUAUUUUACGUAAUCCUGCCGUGCAACUACUAAGAAUGGUUCAAAAAAUGUCAAUCGCACUAAUGGUAGGUUUAUGCUACAUUGGCACGGUUCCCCUCACACAAAAUGGCGUCCAAAGUCUCCAGGGAGCUUUGGUGACAAUCGUCUGCGAGAAUACAUUCCCUGCGAUGUAUUCAGUCCUCGCGGAGUUUCCAAACAACAUUCCUUUGUUUGUACGUGAGAAUAAAGCCGGUUUGUAUUCGCCCGCCAUGUUUUAUUCUGCGAAAACAAUUGCUAUGUUACCAGGAGUUAUAAUCGAGCCUAUAUUGUUUGUUUUGAUUAUUUACUGGCUUACUGGACUACGACAUGCUGUGGAUAGUUUUAUUUUGACAGCUGUGUCGGCCAUUUUGGUUAUGAAUGUUUCCUGUGCGUGCGGAAUCUUCUUUUCUAAUAUGUUUGACACUGUGAACAACGCCAUGUUGUGUCUGGUUCCAUUUGAUUAUAUCCUGAUGAUUACUUCCGGUUUCUUUGUGAAUUUAAGUUCUUUAGGUAAACACAUUGCUUGGACGAAAUAUUUAUCCUGGUUGAUGUACGGAAUGGAAUCCUUGACGAUUGUGCAAUGGCGCGGGGUGAAUAACAUAACUUGUGAGAAUAUCAAUCCGGAAGUGCCAUGCCUGCGUACAGGAAAUGAAGUUCUGACCCAGUACAGUUUCUCUGAAGGUCAUUUGGGUCGUAAUCUGUGGACUAUGCUUGUAAUGUGCUUGUUAUUCCACAUGUGUGCGUUUUUUGCUUUGAUCAAGAAAGUUAGAAACAAAUAAAAAGCAAUAUAGCUGUUUUUGUAAUGACAGAUGUCAAAAUAUGUCAAAAAAGGUUAAAAAAAGCUUGUGUGUUUAUUUGUGUAUCAAAUAUGCAACCAAAUAUACACAAAUUUAUAUAUUGGGA